CAUCCACUUCUCUCACUUGUUCUGCCUUUGUGAACCAGAUCAACCUCCACCCUUGCAAGAUGUCCUGCUAUGACCUGUGCUCCACUGGUGGCUCUGGCCUCAUCGGUGGCUCUGACCUCAUUGGUGGCUCCAGCCUCAUGGGUGGCUGCGGUGUCCUCCGGCCCCAGCCCAUCGCUGACAGCGGGAACGAGCCGUGUGUCCGCCAGUGCCCCGACUCCACCACCGUGAUCCAGCCUCCCGCCGUGGUGGUCACCUUCCCCGGCCCCAUCCUCAGCUCCUUCCCCCAGAGUUCUGUGGUGGGAUCUGCUGGAGCGCCCGUCCUUGCAGCCUCGGGGUCCUCCGGGGGCUAUGGGGGAUUUGGCUCUGGGGGCUAUGGGGGAUUUGGCUCUGGGGGCUAUGGAGGAUUUGGCUCUAGGGGCUAUGGAGGAUUUGGCUCUGGGGGCUAUGGGGCUAUGGGGUCCUGUGGGGGCUCCUCCCUGGGAUACCGGGGUCUGUUUGGCUCUGGGAGAUCCUUUGGCUCCUGCAGCUCUUGGUCCUCCCGCUACCGCCACUACCGUCGCGGCAGCUGCGGCUCCUGCUAAACCCGAGGGAAGAAUCCCAAGUGAUGUCUCGCCAACAGCUGAAAUGUGGUGGUUUCACAGCCAAAGAGCUUGGAACCACUGCUGCUCCAUCCCAAAACCUUGGAUUUGUAGCUGUGCAGCCCCUUUUGGAUUUCUCCUUUUUCAACGUCUGCCUUAGAGCUCCUCACACCCCAUUUCUGUGCUGCCUGGGGUAAAUGUGGAACAAAAGGGCUCAAAAUGGGUCCUGCUUGUUCACAUGAACAGCUGGGAUUUGGAAGAGAACCCAGAACCCGAAUUAAUCCCAUGUGAAUGUACCUCUGGCUGGAGGAGAGCUUCUUGCUGGGAGAUUUUGCAAAUGCAUUGCUUUGCUUGCUGUCAUUAAAAGUUUAUUGCAUCAAA